GUACCCGCUGAGUUCAAAUCCAUUGACCUGUUGUAGACUUUUUCUGAUGUCGGAUAAUGACACCGCAUCUUUGCUCAAACUGACUGAAAAUAUACUUCAGGAUUAUCGAAGUCUUAUUUCAGAAACAAAGCGGCGAUAUGUUCCCAUCAAAGAAACAACGGAGUCACAAAUCCCGAAAUUGAGAGCUAUCAUAAAUAGUGACACCGAUCUCCGAACAGGCCUUCAGGAGUCAUGUAGCUCCCUCAUAUCUCCGUUCUUAAGUGGCUGUCUUUCGAAAAACCAGAAAGUAAUCGUGUUAUGUCUUACAGCGCUGCAGCGUUUCAUCAACCAGAAGUGUCUAUCAAAGGAUGCUGCCGAAGCGAUUAUCGAUGCACUUUGGCAACUUUCAGAGUCUAAUGUAGAAGAACUACGUUUACUACAGACCACAAUAUUACUUCUCACAAGCUCAUCCUUGGUUCGUGAUUCCCAGCUAGCCAAAGCUUUCGCCAUCUGUUUGAAACUCCAUCUUUCAAAGACGACGGCAACUGUAAAUACGGCUGCAGCAGCUGUGCGUCAGUGUGCUAGUACCGUUUUCGACCGGGUAUUCAAAGACGAGCUAGUCGUACAACCAGUAGACUCUACUAGGCAAAGGACAUCAUCCAGGACCGAUGAUAUACUUCCUGUCAAUCCCAUGGAGUUGAAACCUUCUGAGAGGGACGCUUAUAUGCUGUUUCAGGAUAUUUGCCUUCUGAUGAGUGACGAUACUUGUGUUUGGCUACACAGUCCGAUACAAUUAAAUAAGGUCUUGGGCUUGGAGUUGAUUGAAUCACUUAUUUUUUCGUACCCAAGUUUAUUUUGCCAACACCCCGCUUUCGCGUAUUUGCUGAAGACGAAUUUAUGUCCUCUGGUGAUUAAGUUGUUUUCUCCCAGCCUCAAACUACAUUCAACACCAUCAGCUACAUCUAGUAGUGGUGGAAUAGCUGAUGUUGCUUCAGCUGCAUUCGCUGCUGCAACAGCUGCACUCACUAGUGUUAGUGGGGUAACAUCGUCGUCAUCGAAUAUCUCAAAUGACUUACUAAACAGUGAGAAGCCGAACUUUGCACUAUUUGUUCGUUUGAAACGGCUAAUCAUUGUCAUCGUAAAUCAUUAUUUUCAUCUACUGAAUACAGAAUGUGAAAUCUAUCUGUCACUGCUAAUACGCUUCUUGGAUGUGAAUAAGAUAUUAUGGCAGCGUGCACUUGCACUAGAAGUGUUAUACAAAAUUGUAGAGCAACCUGAAUUGGUUAAGCAUAUUUGUAUUUCCUAUGACAUGAGACAGCAUGCAACAAAGAUAUUUCAUGAACUUUUAAAUGCCUUUGGCCAGUACAUACAACUAUCUCUUGCAAAUCCAUGUCCAGGAGAUGAAUUAUCUAAAGACAAUAGCAAUCAGGCAGCAAAUCAAGCGAUGCAUAUUGGUGGUAUCAAUCAAUCAAUGUUAUACUACAAAGGAAGUUAUUUUCCUAUCCACCUGCAGUCAAAAGGGAUACUUCUGGAAAUGCUUGAUCGUAGUGAACCGCCUGUGUUAGCUGAUGGUUACUGUCUUUCCUUGGCUUUUGUAUGCCUUCGUAAAGCAGUGGAUUCGUUAAGAUCAAUUGUAAAUGUUAAUCUACCUGAAAUCUCUGAUAAUGAUAAUAAUCAUAAUAGUAGUAUUGACAGCAGCAAAAAUGAUACUUUAACAAAGCCUGAUGUACUAUUUUGUAAACAAAUCGUAUCGAAUUCAUGGUGUGGUCUGUUGUCGUCAUUCAACUUAUUACUGGAGUUAAGUGCUGACUGUCAAAUCACAGGAUGUCUUCUUCAGUCAUUACAAAUUAUGGUUGAUUUGAGUGGAAAGCUACACUUGGAUGAAGCUCGCGAUGCCUUCACUAUGACAUUGUGUAGAGCCGCUCUGCCGACUUCAUGUACACGCUUUUUAGUGGCAUCGAAUUCUAAAAGUUACUCUGUAAUUUCUCAAUUGUCUUCAACUUUCGGUUCCAUGAACAACUGCGAUGAUAUAUUCGAACGUAGUUCAGUUGUUUUAAUGGUUUCUCAGGGUCCUGGUCGCACAAUUCAUAUAGGUCCUCCGACAAAUACACCUCCUGUCUCACAAAGUUCAUCAAAUCAAACCACAACUAGUGGACAUGCUCAAGUAGGGCUCACUGCUUCUGCAAAUACUGAUCCUUUGUCAACUGGAAAUAUACUACUUACUGCUAAGCAUUUACAAGCUGCUCAUGCUGUUUUAGCCACUGCUCAUUCUCAUGGCAAUGUAUUGGAUUCAUCAUGGAGUAUAGUUCUAACUACAAUACAGAAUCUUGUGUGGAUGUUAGGCUUGAAAAUUGAACCAUCGGCUAAAUUAUUUUUUAAAUCAGUACAAGAGCCUAGCAGAAGUAGCAAGGCAUCAGAAAAUACUAAUUUCGUAAAUACAAGCAGUGAAAUUGUAUCAAGUAGUAAUCAUGGUUCUACACAAACCUCUAUGACAACGCAUGUUUCAAUUUCAUCCGAAUUGAAUUCUUUAUCGUCGAUGCUUACUCAAAUAUUUGUUCAGUCAAGUAGUUUGAACGUAAAUGCUCUAGAUAGUCUUAUCACAGCUCUUUGUCGUUUAUCGUCGGAUACGCUGGAAGCAGUAAAGAACAAUCGAGAACCAAGUCAAUUUCCAAUCGCUAAAAUGACAGAGAUUGGACUGGUUAAUAUUCAUCGAUUAGAUUUAUGGUGGGAAAUUGUAUCCAGUCAACUACUAAUUGUGUGUAACUCAUCCCACAUCAAUCUUCGUCAACUGGCUUCAAGUUGUUUAACCAGUCUAAUUAGGCAAGCUAUUGCUGCUCCACAGAAUCCUCCUUUCUGGCAGAAUGAAGCAUUAACUACAAAAGUAUUGAAUCCAUUGAGUGCUUUAUCCAAUGAUAUUGUAUACGAUGAUGUUCGUGAAGAACAGUUGGAAUGCGUUCAACAAUUACUACACUGUUGGGGUGAACAAGUUCAAUGCAGUUGGCUUAGAUUAAUUGAAAUUAUUGGUGUUAUACGUGAAAGUUAUAAAAUCGACUUAAUUCAGACAUCAUUCAAGUGCUUCAAAUUAAUUGUUACGGAUUAUCUGUCGGCUUUACUGCCUGAUUGUUAUCUUGCCUGUGUAGAGACUGCAUCACGAUUUGGUCAUCAAAAACAAGAUUUGAAUAUCGCUUUAGCGGCUAUAGGAUCGCUUCUUCAUUUAGCCGACUUUUUCAUGGAACAGAGAAGUAUUCCACUCAGCUUACCUGACUCAGGCAGUUCAACUAUGGAUUUGAAGGAUUUGUGGAUCUGUGUGUUUCACAAACUGGCUGAUUUGUGUUUGGAUCGUCGACCGGCUAUUCGGAAAUCUGCCUGUCAGACACUAUUUAAUACAAUCGAAUGUCACAGUGAUCGUUUUGACGAGGACACCUGGUCUUCUCUUUUACGGAAGAUAUUGUUCCCCUUGUUAUCUAAUGUUCACAAUUUAUAUGAAAGUGCACCUGUGGAGAAAGUUGGAGAUAAACCGAAUAGUCUGUUAAUUCAUCAUAGUCGUGAUACAGCAUCUAAACAAUGGGCUGAGACUGUAGUACUCACUUUAUCAGGUGUCUCACACUGUUUCAUAUCGAAACAAUCACAACUAUUAACACUUGGUGAUUUUCCAAAAUUUUGGCAAUUACUGCUUGAUCACCUUAAGGUGAAUGCAUACAUGGAUAGUGGAGAAAUAUCAUUGGCUUCAUUAAAUUGUAUGCAAAUUCUACUCGACCUACAUCUCCCAUCGUCAACACCGAUGACAAAUCUAUCACCUCAGUUGAUUUGGUCUGCCUUUUGGGAAACUUGGUUACAGAUCGGAAAACGAGCAAUCGCCUUUGUUCAAUCCAGUAAUGAUAUUGUCAGCAACGUGAAUAGUAGUCUUAGUAAUGGUAAUAUUAGUGCUGACUCUCUUCCACAUAUUAAUAAUUCUAUCAUAAACUCUUCGGAACAUCUUAACACCAACAGCAGCAAUAAUAUUAUGCAUGAAAAUAUUCAUAAAGUUUCUUAUGCACCAUUCAUAUUCCUGCCAAGUAUGUCAUUCAUAACACUAUUCUUCGAUCUAUUCAUACCUAUAUUUGAUCAUAUCAAAGUAAAUUUCCAAUUGAAAGAUUUUGAUCGAUUAGCUGAAUUAAUACAUAUCGGUGUAUUAGUUCCAUUGUAUAUUACUUAUUUAUAUCCGAAUACAUCUAUCAAUACAACUAACUCAGGCACCAAUACAUUACCGUCAUCAUCUUGCUUAAUGAUGAUUGACGAUGGUACAUUGACGUCAUUACAAGAAUCUGUUUUACGCUGUUUAAGUUGCCUUGUACAAAACUUCAGUUCUGAUCAAAAUAGCAGUAAUUGUAUCAUUACCACCACGUCUGUUAUUGGUAACAGCAACGAUAGCAAUCCACCAUGUAUACUUCCUCGCAUAUUACAAUUACUUCUCACACUAACUGGUUAUGCUGUUCAAAUCCCUAAACCUCACCAACUGAACAGUCGACUUGAUGUCAUCCCCCUCAAUUAUAUUGUAUUUGCUGAAAAAUCUUUGCUAAUUGCAGUGGAUUUGUAUCAGACAACUGUAACAUGGCCUGAAAUGUGUCGUGUUGAAAUUCUUGAAUCAAUCAUUAGAACGUUACAUCAACCUAUGGCAUUGAAAUAUGCGUGUCCAUCUCAAACUACAUGGAUAUUAGCUUGUCGAUGCUUCUUCCAAGUAAUUACAGCCGGUAUUGUUGUGAUAUCGAAUAAAUCGGUGAAUAGAACUAAAAUAUAUGCUAACAAUAAGAAAAACUCUAUCUAUGCUCCGUCUAAUCAUGAUUUAUGCAAACAAAUUGUGGAUACUAUUCAAGAUUUCCUCUUCUGCCAAAAUCAACCGCCUUCAUCUUUAUCGAUUGAAGAGUUCCAGCUUCAUGAAGAAUUAGACUGUAAAUUUGUGGAUUUAAUCAGUGAUUUGUUCCUGUCCAACCCUGCACAGUUACCUGAAUUCUUCAUUAGCCGUUUGAUUAAUUUACUUAGUCUGGGCUCUGUUCAAUCAGCUGUCUCUGUCGGCAUAGCCAAUAAUGACGAUGAGCCAAGUGGUAGCACUAGUCAAGAUUUCGAGUUAAAUGGAUCCUACCAACGUAAUUCUUCCUUUGAUCAUUCUGAAAACAAACUAGUGAUUCCUUCCACUAACCGAAAUACCAAUGAAUCGAAUACUGAAGUGAAAUUAUCCAAGGGUUUGGGUCGUGCUGUUAGACAAGUGAAUCCAGUAGCACCAAUACCUCAGGAUCCUCUUAUGAAUGAAUCACUCAGUUGGGAUAUCGAUUUAGAUCGUUUAAGACAACUGACUUUUCGGGAAAAUUUUGCUCGUCUUUGCUUUGCAAAAUUAUUGUCACAUGCCUUUUCAGCACCUUCCGAUGUAAAAUCGCCAUCAACUAUAUCAACAACACCAUCGCUAUUGGAGAAUGGUAAUGUUGAUAAUAAUAACUAUAAAAUAAAUUCAAUAAAUACAAGGUAUUCCCUUAUGGUUAGCAAAACAGCUGUACGUAGUAUUCUUCAAAGAUGUCGUUCGAUAUUGGUAAAAUUCUAUCAAGCUUCACGAUUAACUGGAAAGUGUCCACUACCUCGGUGAGUUUAAAUUUUAGCUGGUGUAUAACACUGUCGUUCCCCUUCAACAUAUCUAGCAUUGUAUCAACUGCCUGCGCAUGCAUUACUGUUUCUGUGUAAGGUUACUGAGACAAUCUGAAAUUACCAUACAGUAAGUAUAUUUAGGUUCGCGUGUAGAAAACGUUUACUUUAGUAUAAGGGUAAAACUUGGGCACUGUGGUAGGAUGUAAUUCCUCAUUGAAUUUUUCUAUUUGAUGGAUAAUACAUUGAUACAGUAUUAUUUACUUGAUGACGUUUCGAGCAUACGUUAUUGCUCAUAAUCACAUCAAUUGAAUCUCACUAUCGACAUCUGAUUUUUAUAGUCCUUUCACCUCAUAUUAUUUGGUUUUAUUGGUAGUAAAGCUUUCCAUAUCUCUGUUGUAGGUGUUCCAUCAUUCCUAUUACAUGUGUUGAGUGUUGAUUCGAUGAACAAGGAUUCAGUAAUCCAUCUAUUUCCACCUAGUUAUAUUGUGCUUACGUACAGUGGUUUUAUCCCACCCAUUUGCGUGAUUGUGUGUUAAUACAUGCAUUCAUUGCAAUAGCUGAGUGCUUUUCCAUACUAUUUAUCUUAUUCAGGUCUGUCAUUCUAUAUUUAGCUAAAUUCUUAUAUUCUGAUAAUCUAAUUGACCCUGGUCGGCUAAUGUGACCUAUGUACUUGAGUACUACAUUCGAGAUGAUAAUACUUAGUUGUACAUCGUAUGUUCCACCCGAGAAACGUUCAAGCUCAUAGAGUCAUAAACCUACCAGGAGAUCAUUUAUUUAAACAAAUAUAGUAAACAAAGCUGAAACGUUUAUUGCCAAAUUUUAUCAAAAUUGUUUGCACUUACUCUAAUACCGCUUUUCUUUUUCUGUUUCAUUACUUACUUAUCCUUGUAUUUAGGGCUCGUUUAUCAGAAGUUAGCUACGUGUUCAAAGCAUUAACAGCUAUGCUGACGUCACUUCAGUCUAUUACAAUGCAACAGGAUGUAGAUGAUUCCAUCUGGUCCAGUGUCAUUGAAUUGUAUCCCCAUAUUGUUGACUGUGUUCUUGUCGCUGGUGGAAGUAAUCAAAUGGCAUUGGCGUUACAUCAUCUACUACGAUUAUAUGGUGAAUUUCUAGCUCCAUCACAAUUAGGCCCAGGAAAUGGUAACGAUACUACUAACAAAGGUUAUAGCAGUAGUCAUAAUAACAACACUAGUAAUAAGGCCAGUAGUGGUAAUAGUAACAGUAUGAAUAAUUCAAAUGAUGUCGAUAACCAUCACAAUGUGAAUCAGAAUAAAACACCUUUGAAUGGAAUUUAAUGAAUGGUAAUUAUUUUUACCCUUUUUUUUCUACAUUGUUUUGUGAUAUGUCUUGUUUAACUUGGGAAAAUAUACACAGAUCUAAUCUGCCCAUUUCAUAAAGGCUGUGGGAAUCAUUAUCUUAUUUCUUAAAAAUAAUAAUCUGGCCACUUUUUUUCGUCUUUCCUUUCUUUUUUAAUUCACCUUGUGAAGGAAUUUAUUGUUUCUCGUGUUCUCUGUCUGUUCGCCUUUUCUUUUUCUUAAUCGCCCUACUGUUUGUACCUCUGACGCAAAUAUAACAAUAAUUGUUUACUUUGACUGCUACCACAGUGCAUAUUUUUUUCAAAAUCUUAAUAAAAGAAAUAAUCUACUAAUCAUAAGAUGAAUAAUUAACCUGAUUCACUUGUAUGAUUCUGUUUAAUGUUCUUAUUGAGUAUAAUGAUUUGUAAAAUAUAUACAACUUCUCUCUCUC